GAGCCGAGCUCUGUAUUUAAGAUCUGGCUCGCAGAUGCUGCGGGAGGCUCGGGCAGCGCGCAGGCAGCCCGGCGGCGGCGGGGACAGCCGGGGACACUGCCCGGGACGAUGGCACUGCUGCUGCUCUCCGCCCUGCUGUGCGAGCAGGCUGCAGCCUGGGGCUUCAGGGAUGGCGUGCUGCACAACUCCAUCUGGCUGGAGCGGGCAGCCGGCGUGUACCACCGCGAGGCGCGCUCCGGCAAGUACCGGCUGACCUUCGCCGAGGCGCGGGCCGUGUGCGAGUACGAGGGAGGACACCUGGCCACGCUGCAGCAGCUGGAGGCAGCUCGGAAAAUAGGUUUCCACGUGUGUGCUGCUGGCUGGAUGGCCAAGGGCAGGGUUGGCUACCCCAUAGUAAAAGCUGGAGCCAACUGUGGCUUUGGCAAGACUGGGAUUGUUGAUUAUGGAAUUCGCCUCAACAAGAGCGAGAGGUGGGACGCCUACUGCUACAACCCCAACGGAAAAGAGUGUGGUGGAGUCUUCACGGACUCCAAACACGUUUUCAAGUCGCCGGGCUACCCCAACGAGUACGAGAACCAGCAGGUCUGCUACUGGCACAUCCGGGUCAGGUACGGGCAGAGGAUCCACCUGCAGUUCCUGGAGUUUGACGUGGAGGAUGACACUGCCUGCCUGGCUGACUUCCUCGAGGUCUACGACAGCUACGACGACGUCAACGGCUUUGUGGGCAGGUUUUGUGGAGAUGAGUUGCCAGAUGACAUCAUCAGCACAGGGAACGUGAUGACGCUGAAGUUCCUGACGGACGCCUCGGUGACCGCGGGCGGGUUCCAGAUCCGCUACUCCACCCUGGACUCGCCCGCCCAAGCCAAAAACGCCACGGCCCAGGGCAAGGGCGGCUUCCUGGCGGGGAAAUUUGGCAUCAUGUGAGCAGGACUGCCAGGCAAAAAGGGCCUUUACACUCAACACAAUCCUGAAUUUUUCAGGCGUUUUUUUAUCUCUCUGAAUUUUUCUCUUUGGCUUUUCUAUGUUUCGGUAACAAAGCACACUAGGGAAUAAAUUAUAAAAUAUACUUACAUGGAUAAUAGAGAAUUAUUUUUAGAAUACAAGUACUGUAAAAAUUGGAAGAAUUCAUUGCUACCAAAGACUUUACAUUUUUUUUUUAAUAUCAACUGCUCUUUCUCCUCAUUUCUUGCACCACUUGAAGAAACUUUUUGUGUGUCUGUCCUGGUUAUUUUUAAACUUAUCAGGUUCUUCUCUCCUUAUUUCCCUUGAUUUUCACAUAUUUAUUUUUUAGACUGUUGCUUUUCCCCCCUGUUCUCUACACAUUAUUAUUAUUCUUUUUUGUUUUUAAUGAACUGGUUUGCUUGAACUGGAAGGGCCUUCAAUGUAAGGUGUUUUUAAAAACACAAAAAUUCAUCUUGUGGAUGGCCUGGCAGGCACCAGGUGAAGAUUGGGAAGCAGCACAGAGAGCACAGGAUCAGCUGGAUCCAGACUUCCAUUUUCUUGUCAGAUCCAUGGAUUCUGUCAGGGUUUCCUCAUGCACAGAAUGAAGUCCUUUCACAAGAAUUAAAGGAAUGACUUGGUAAAGAGAAUAAAAGUGGUGAGAGGAAGCAGCAGGAGGAACUUCUCACCGAGCACGUUCACAAGACACCACCGAGGUGCUGGACCUUGUUUACACAGAUUUGAGACUGUUCUAGCUGAAAUUGCUGAAUUUAAAAUCCUUUCAGACUGUUCCAGCUGAAAUUGCUGAAUUUAAAAUCCUUUCAGACUGUUGUAGCUGAAAUGGCUGAAUUUAAAAUCCUUUAGGACUGUCCUAGCUGAAAUUGCUGAAUUUAAAAUCCUUUCAGACUGUCCUAGCUGAAAUUGCUGAAUUUAAAAUCCUUUAGGACUAUUCUAGUUGAAAUUGCUGAAUUUAAAUCUUUUCAGAUUGUUCUAGUUGAAAUUGCUGAAUUUAAAAUCCUUUAGGACUGUUCUAGUUGAAAUUCCUGAAUUUAAAAUCCUUUCAGACUGUCCUAGCUGAAAUUGCUGAAUUUAAAAUCCUUUCAGACAGUUCUGGUUGAAAUUGCUGAAUUUAAAUCCUUUCAGACAGUUCUAGUUGAAACUUCUGAAUUUAAAAUCCUUUCAGACUGUUCUGGCUGAAAUUGCUGAAUUUAAAAUCCUUUCAGACUGUUCUGGCUGAAAUUGCUGAAUUUAAAAUCCUUUCAGACUGUUCUGGCUGAAAUUGCUGAAUUUAAAAUCCUUUCAGACUGUUCUGGCUGAAAUUGCUGAAUUUAAAUCCUUUCAGACUGUCCUGGCUGAAAUUGC